AGGGAGGGGGGUGAGGAGAGGGAGGUGACAGGGAGUGUGACGGGAGGCGAUGGGGAGCUGCAGAGACAAACAAACUGGACAACAUGUGCUAAUCUGAGCUCAGUUAGUGGAGAAAACUUUGUUGGACAGUUUUUUGGGAAUAUUUGCAAAGAACUCAACAUCAGGUAAGUGUGGAGGGUAAAUAUCUAACAGACUUUGUUGAAGGAUAAACAUUUCUUCUUUUGAAAUAAAGAAAACAGGAAUGGGGGUGUUUUGGCACUGCAAGUGCAGGAUGAGUGAAUUUAUGGGCAGUUUAUUAAGUUUUAUGCAGUUUGAUUUGAUUUUACAUUUGAUUCUAAGUUAACAGGUUGGAUCAUAUCUUGAAAUUUGGUUGUUAGAUUAAAAAAAAUGGAUUACAAUUGGAUUAUGUAAUCCUACUGUAGUGUUCUUCCUCAGUGUCCUGCAAACUUUAGAAUAUUAUCUCAGAUUACAGAAACUCAACAUCACAAAAUGUACAAAUUCUUCAAAGAGUAGGAUUUUUACUGUGAUUUAUUAAAUGAAUUACCCCUGUGACAGUGGACAGAGUGAGCACAUGGGGUUGCAAAUGAAAUAUUUCCAUAGAUAGCUUCACUUCCUGACAUCCGCCCAGCAUGCGUCUGAGAGUUACCAACUAAUGAGCCUGACUUUGGACUACAAGACGGAGUCAGUUUGUUGUGUUUGUGUGUGUGUGUGUGUGUGUGUGUGUGUGUGUGUGUGUGUGUGUGUGUGUGUGUGUGUGUGUGUGUGUGUGUGUGUGUGUGUGUGUGUGUGUGUGUGUGUGUGUGUGUGUGUGUGUGUGUGUGUGUGUGCGUGCGUGCGUGUGUCUUUGAAUUUAAAAAAUAUUUGAAAGUGAAAACUAAUAUUUGGCAGUUUCAAUGCAACUUGUAAGAAUUUCUUACCCACCUUCUACAUCGGAAAGUCCCAGCUGGUUCAGCUCAGUGUUUGCAAAAGAUUUAACCUGAAGAUGUUAAACUGUUGUUCAGAGGUGCAGCACCACCCACACCUGAUUCAAAUGAUCAGCUCGUUAUCAAGCUCUGUAAUGCCUCAGUAACGAGCUGAUCAUUUGAAUCAGGUGUGUUGGAGCAGGGAAACAUCCAAAACACGCAGGGCCUCCGGGACUGGACUUGAGAAUCACUGCUUUAAAAUGAUGCUGUCAUGUAGUGAGGGAAUACGAGUGUUGUAUUUGAGUAAAGAAAAAAAGAGAGAAAUUUGAGUUAUCUGUGCUGUAGGUGGCACGGUGCCUUGUGUGUGUGAAAAAUAAGCCUUAUGGAUGUUUAGAAGUGAAACUGGCCAGUGGCUGGCAAGCUCAUGUCAAAGGGUUAAGUUAUAAAAAGCAGUCUGUGCCCCCUGCUAUUACCUCAGUGUGUGGUCUGAUCUGGCGCCGUCUCCACAGUUAGCAGCUGUCUCAUUGCUUGUGGCGAGGUAAGGUGGGGAAUUAUCACACACUCCUUCUGGCAGUCCUUGAUUGAUAUCAUGUCAAGAUUUAUAAAGAAUUGAAAAUGCUGAAUGCAAAUUAAACUGCUGCAAAAAACACUUGGACACCAAACUGAAACACCAUCAGUGGGAGCCUUAAGACUGUUUUAUGGUAUUUUACCUAAAUGCAAAGAAAUGUGGCGUCUUUUGAAUUGUGAGUUUAAUAACACAUUCUAACUUUCACAACUUUUCCCAUUUAGAAAGGUUCAAACAUUUAUUUUGUGUUUGAUUUCACCAAGUUAUAAUAUCUGUGAUUCUCAGUUUGGUAAAUGUCUUACUGAUUCUUACAACAUGCUGAAGCAAAACUUUAUGCUUUCCUUUUACACACUUAUAGGAACUUACAACACAGCAUUUUGUGGCUGUAAAUAAAGAUUUUACUGGUACAGACAUUUAAUGACAAAUGCAGCUAAAUUUCAUUCAUAAAUUGACCCACUACACCACUGCUGAUAUACCCACUUGGUUCCUGCAUCCCUAUGUGGAUAUGUACUGUUUAAUCUCCCCCCUCACAGCGCUCACAGAAAGGCUUGAGACAGGAACUUCCCUGCUGACAAAGUUUUGCCAUUCAGGACCUUAGGAUUCUGGUAAUUCUGUAAAGACCAUAUCCUGAUCAUGUUAAUACAAACUGUUUUUUUCUUUCAUGACACAUGAAAAAGUAUGCUGGAUUGAGUGAUCCUUGAUUCAGCACUGAUGUAGCUUAUAUACAACAUCUGUUGAGAAAUGGCCUUUAUAACACAAGACAAACUUACCAGUAAGACAGAUGUAACAUUGAAGAAUGAAAAUAAACUAAUAGUUUGAUGCUUUUAAAUUGCAUUUAAAAGUUCACCUGUUUUAUGCAAUGAUAUUUUUUAUCAAUCAGUAUACAUGUUUUAUCCUGAUACCUCUUUCCUUCACGCUCCUCCCUCCAGCUUUCUGCACGAUGCAGUGUGAGGAGCUCUCAGCAAGAGAGGAGUUCACCUACAGCCACAUGCCCACGCUGGAGAGGGGCAACGGGACACUGGGACGGCGGGGGGACAGAAGGGGGGAGCGGUACAGGCCCGAGAGGGACAGUUACACGGUGGACGUCAGAGCUAGUGACCUGCAGCUGGCCCAGCCGGAGCCUCUGGGACACCCUUGCUUCAGCUGCAGGGCCUGGCUCUACAGCGUCCUUAUCGGGGUGAGAGGGGGGAGAUGGGCAGGGUCAAACUAAUUUUGUGCUGCCAUGUUUAGAAGAAGAGGCCAAGCUCUUAUUGAUACCCUUCUGUGCAUUUUUUUUAGCUAAUUUUAAAAUGUUUUAUCUGUCAAAGCCUCUCCACUCCUCCUGCAUCCCUUGCAACCCUUCUUCACCCCACCUCCUCCUUUUCAUGCAGGGUCUUUACUAGUGUCACACAGGUAUUAUCAGUGCUAUCUGCUCUGUUCUCUACCUCAGGGCCUUUGCUAUUGCUCUUCAUACCUUGGCUUUUUAUAGACAGUAUGCACAAAAGGCAGGUGUGCUCUCCCUUCCUUGGGUUUUUGAAUUCCAUGUGAAAGCUUGGUAAGGGCAGAGAGCUCUAUACCUAAAGAGUCUUUGCUGCUGCUCUGCCUACACUGGCUUUUCACACAUGCAGAUGGAAGGGCAGAGAGCUUUCAGAGCAGAGUCGUAGUUUAUUGCAUGAAAAUAAAUAAUCCCCUAUGUGUGUGUGUGUGUGCGUGCGUGCGUGCGUGUGUGUGUGUGUCCUCAGGGCAGUCUGCUCAUCACCUCUGGUUUCUCUCUGUACCUGGGAAAUGUGUUUCCUGUUGCAAUGGAUUAUCUGCGCUGUGCUGCAGGCUCAGUGAGUGACUCACAAAGUCAUAUUCACACACACAAACUGAUCAGCCAUAACAGUAUGACUAACAACACUGCGUAGACCCCCUACUCAUCACAACAGAGCAAAGGCAGUCAUAGCCUGAUGAGGCAUGUCUCCUCUACACCUGUGAAGGUGUCUGGAUUUUUAAGGCAUCAGUAGCUCAUCCUUUAACUCUUCAAAGUUCUUUACAACUUCCUCAGUUCAGGCUGCAUUGUUCACGUGGCCUGAAAGAGAUUUGGAUCUAAUCUAAUCUAAUCUAAUUGUCUAGUAUGACUGAUUUUAUCAACGUGCGAUAUAGAGAGAACAUUACACACCCCUAAUGUUCCUGCUUCAUCUACAAGAACAAAAUGCGUACAUGCUGCCAAAUAAACCCCACCAAACUGUGACAUUUUGUUAAAGCUGACUUGUGUACAUUUCUGUCUCAACUGUUAUGACAGUGUGGUUUAUAAUGCAUAAUUCCAGUCAGCAUCCUCUCAUUGGAUUGUAUUGUGAAGCUUGUGUUGUUGUUGUCAUUGCUCUCAGGGCCUCCCUGCAGCGUUAGCUAGUUUUGCCAUCGCCAAGAACAGACAUGCUGCUGUGAGUAAACAACAAAUACCCCAAACACUGACAAUGAUCAUACUUUUAUAGAUUUUAAACUAGAUUUCACCCAGUUUGAAACAAAUCUAACCCUCUUAUUUUCUCCCUUUUCGUAGGUGUCAGAUUUCCAGGUGCUCUACGUGUCCACGUUUGCAGUGACAACCACCUGUCUGGUCUGGUUUGGAUGUAAACUGGUCCUGAACCCAUCGGCUGUCAAUGUAAAUCAGAAUCAAACAUCAGUUCCUUGGUUUCACUCCAGCAGAUUGGAAAAAUAAAGCUCUCCAUCUCUCUUUUCUGUCUCUUCCUUACGUUCUUGUUCUCUCUCCACCCAGAUUAACUUUAACCUCAUCCUGAUGAUUCUGCUGGAGGUGUUGAUGGCGAGCACUGUCAUCCUGUCGGCUCGCUCUGCAGAGGACUGCUGCUGCCACAGAAAGGUGUGUGUGAUUGAUGACAUUCAUCCUCCUAACCUAUGUCCUUCUCCUCUUCCUCCCCCUCCAGCUUUCCCUUUCUAAUCCUAACUCUUCUCAAUCUUUCCGCCUUUUAGCCGGCGAUGUAUGACAGACCUGUGGUUAUAACGCCAGCAGUGUUCCCCACACGGCUCCUGAAAGCUUACUCUGUGAGUAAUUCUUCCGCUUUCGCACAUGUUUGUGUCUUGGCCAAUCACUGACAAGUGUCUCAAACAGGUAAUUGAAGUUAUUGUUGGGAUUUCUGCCGUUUUUGGAGGAAUUAUUGCACUCAACAUGGACGCUUUGCUCCCUGGCCCAUACCUGUCUGUCACUUUUUUCUGGAUUCUUGUUGCCGUAAGUUUUUCUUUUCAUACCGACGCGUGAGGCUACACCAAAUGUAAAGAUGCUGUUCACAACUGGCCUUAUCUGACUGACCUUUCACCUUUCGCAGUGCUUUCCCAGUGCCAUUGCCAGUCACGUCGUGUCAGAAUAUCCCAACAAAUGUUUGGUGAGUACAAAGUGAUCUGCAGUGUAACCCUGACAUGUAAAAUAUGGAGCACACUACAUCUCCUACAGGUUAGAUGUCUGUGCAAACUAAACCAUGGCUCCUCCCUUCACUUGGAGGAGCAGCUCUUCUUACAGCGUUUUCACAUAUUUGGUCCCUGUCAGCAAUCCAAACAAACUCGGAUUGAUGACUCAGCAUUUUUUGUCUACAUGUGAACGAUCCAACCGUACUCAGACCCCAGGUGUUCUCAGUCAUAGACAGUGUAUAGAAUGGACGCCGUCUGCCUCCUUGCUGGGUGAAGCCACCCUGAAAACAGCACCUUCUGGUGACGGCUGCAAUAUAGGUCAUAAAUCCCGCCUCCUCCAGCAAUCCCUAUGAAGCUGUGGACAAACUUUAUAAAUUAAUUACACAAAAUAUGUAUUUUUCUCCCCACUACUUGUGAUGUUGACAUGUAGUUAUUGUAAGACUAGUUUGUGCUCAAGUCCUCUUUUUUCUGUACAGCUCUAUUUUAAAAGUUAUUAGGGGGUUCAUGUUUUCUAUGAUUGACACCUGAUACAGCCAAAAGGUGUACGAAGAUUGCGUAGCUCACCCGGGGGAUACGCUGUUUGAGCCGAGCGUCAUCACAGCAACUCUUGGCGACUCUCCCGAGGAAUGCGUACAAUGCUACAGCGCAAGUGGUGGAAUGCGUAAAACACUACUGCACAAUGUUGGUUUCAGGAGGUGGAGUAAGAACACAGAAUUACCGAGAGCGUUUCGGCUCCAAAUCCGUAUACUGGUGGAAGGCAGGACCAAGUUGUCCAUAGAAUAUUCAGUCUAUUGUCUCAGUACAGUUUGCUAAAAAGCCAGUGGUACGAUUCGCCUAAUCUGCGCAUUGUGAACACAAAGCCCACUGGGUUCACUUUGCCUUUUUCACUGCGUUAUAACCUUCUUUGCUUGCCGUAGAUUGGUGACGUGACUGCAGCCGGGGAAACCUAGAGCAGUAGAGAAAAGACAGCAAAUCCAAAGUAUGGCAGCAGAUUGUGGUCAUGGCUGUGGUAAUGCCAGUAACAAUGGCAUUGGCUUUGGAGCAAUGAGAGCAUAAAAGCACAACUAUCUACAACCCGCUGUAAUGUGAAAGUCUUUCAAGAAUUUUCAGAGGAUGAAAGCAGCCGGUUAUAAUCGAACAUCUGAACAGUGCAGAGUUAAAUAAAAAAAUACUAAGACAGAAGUACCUCGGCACUCACGAAAAAAUACUCCACAGGACCUAGUGUGAACAGAAAGAGGACUGAAGCCACAUCAAAACUGAACUGGACCAGAAAGAGAACCUGUUCCUCUUUGCAAUAAACUCACAAUGUGAACACAAAUAGAAAUAAGUUCCUUUGCUUUGGUCCACUUAAAGAGGACUGAGUUCUGUAUUUUUCAAAAGGGACUGAGUGUCUCAUCUUGUGUCAUGACGGCCUCACAAAGCCAGAACUGUCUGCACGCAUUAUUUCAGCACAGUGCCAAUGCUGCAGGAAUGUCACAUGCAGCCUUUAUAAAUAGGGCUGUCAUGGAAACAGCAGAAAUAAAUCACUGCAGGAUUAACAAGCCAACCAUGGAGCAGGGUAGGCUACUGCACAGCUGCACAAACAACCAGGACUGCAGGCAGGCCAGUUUCUCAGCAGGACUCUUCUACUACAGAGCCAUGCUGUUGUAAUCCCUGUUGUUAGAAUGUGGUUUGGUAUCAUAUGAAGACCUUCCCUGAAAAAUUCUUUGUCUGGAUGUCAGCAGAUGUUGCUCCUAAACCUGUAGAUAUUGUUCAGCAUUAAUGAAGCCUUCACAGAUGUGGAAGAUACCCAUGACAUGGACUCUAAUGAUCCCCACACCAUCAGGGGUGCCGGCUUUGAACUGGGAGCUGGGAACAAGCUGUGUGGUAUCUCUGCUCUUUAGAGAGGAGGAUGCAGGGUCCAUUAUUUCAAAAAAAGAACGACAAAUUUUAAUUUGUCAGAUCGCCGGACAGUUUUCCACUUUCCCUCAGUCAACCUUGAAUGGGCUCAUCACCCCUAGUUUAAAACUAAAGGGGCAAAAAAGCUCUCCAGAUUUGAGUUCCCAAAUUUUGUAAUUGAGUUGAUCUUUUGGAUGAGCGAUCUGCAGACACUGUAGAAAGUUGAAUAACAACUUAAAAACCACCUGUUUGAAUCUGCCUUAUUAUAAGUAAUAGCGUUACUAGUGUUUGAAUGUCUUUCUAUUUUGCACUUAAAGCGUCUUUUCUGAGAGGGAGCAUCAUAACAACGGGAAGGCUUCAUACUUAAAAAAUGUCGCAGUCACACAAAGUUUUGUCAAACUGGGUCUAAAAACUCUUUUCCUCUCUAUUUUCCUUCAACCCCUCGUCUCUCAGGUGGAGGUACUUAUUGCCAUCAGCAGCGUGACGUCUCCGCUGCUCUUUUCAGCCUCCGGCUUUCUCUCUUGCAGUGUGAUCAGCUUUAUUGAAAUUUUCCUGCAUGAAGUGCCUACAGCCAAGGUGAGUGAAUUGAGGCAGAAAUUCAGCAGCAGUGUGCAGUGUGCAGGUUUCUUUCAUAAGUGUUGCCUCUCUGACCCUGGAACAGAUUUUACACAAGUGUGAAAUUGACUCAUGGAGAAAUCUCUCCUAAUUAUACCAUUUCGUCUUUAUCUGUGUCCGACUAUGUGUGCGUGUACGUGGGUGUGUGUUCACAGCAAUCCUACGACAUCCUGCUGCUGAUUCUGAUGGUACUGCUGCUGGUGCAGGCAGUUCUGACCUCGGCCACGGUGGUGCACUGUGCCUCCUACAAGAGUCGACUCCGCAUGGGGGCUCCAGAGAGCGAGGACUGUGUGCACACUCAGACACACUACUGCGAGGUAAGACAGGGUGAGAGCAGCAGAGAUUUCAUACUCCGUUAUCUCUCUACUUCCAUCAGGAACAUAAAGAUCUGUGCAGAUUCACUCAUUAAGAUCUCAUCAAAAUGAUAAACUAAUAAAAGCUCAUGCAGAUAUAACUAAAUUUCCAAACAUGCAUGUCACUUCUCUCCUUGCAUGUUUUCACUCCCUUUUUUCCCUCCCCUCUUUUUAUUUUGCUCCCUCAGCAGCAGGCAGCCAAUGGGGCGAUGCAGGACUUUGACAAAGACAGAGCCUGGAAGGCAGUUGUGGUCCAAAUGGCCCAAUGAGCACUCUCACAGCACAGAGAUAAGUUUGAUGAAAACACGAAAAGGGGGGAGGGGGUAUGCAAAACUUAGAGAAUUGCAACGAUAAGAGACAGAUCAAGACAAAAACAUUUAAGACGUAUCCUGCGGAAGCCCUAAGUGGACAUGCAUUAUAUGUCGUGUACUAAAUUUUUCUGUCAACAAGUUGGCGUCAGUUGAUUCCGGCUUGACGUCAGAAGACCAUUAUUUGUAACUGCAGAGUUCUAAGGCACACCUUUUGAAGAACCCAAGGUCGCUAAUUUAACUAAUUUUGAGAGACUCUGAUCUAUUAAAGUGUACGCUCUACCCAGAAACUCUUCAGCACUUUACUUUGCCACCAGAAAGCUCGUUUGUUUUUGCACUAUUUGAUAUGGAGCUGAUCUAGGGAUGCCAGAAGAUAAGGACGCCAUUACCAUUACACACCUGCUUCAGCUCAGCCCUGCAAAAAUAACACCCCUGAGAUGUCACCAAGCUCUCCAUCAUGUGCACUCUCUUUGAUGCAAGCUCAUGGAGAAACACAAUCACACACAACUCGGGGACAAGCCUCAAACACAAAUCUGAGUGCUGAUAGGCUGCAUCCACUACGCGCACUGUACUGAAUAGUCAUGUGAUCCAGCUGCAAAAAUAAGAAAAUAGCACAGUGUCAUGUGUAAAUGUACACAUUUUUUUAAUUUGAAAGUCCCUUUUUUCAAUGUAAUGCAUCAUUACAAUACAUGCAUCAACAUUAGUAAAGCAAUACCCCUGUGAGUUUUCUGCAUUUUAGUGCUCAGUGGAAGAAGAGGUGUCCGAUGGCUCUUACGAGGAAUGAGUUCAGACACACUGAUUUGUCUGAUUCUUGUUCCUCCCAAAACUCACCUUUGAAGAAUCAGAGACUUAAUCACUCUUUUUUUGUUUCCUGUACCCCUGCAAGCAGAUUGUGUGAUGCUUAACUAGCAAAAUGUAGUCUAGCCCAUCUUUAUUAAGUGAACCAAGUGCUUUCAACUGUGACUUUUAGAAGUUACGAAUAGAAAGCAAGUGGCAUUAAGUCAGUGCCAUUGGUAAUACAGUAAAUGGGCAUGUAUGUCUGCUCAGGGCUUCCGUAGAUUUUUAAGGUGAUAAAGAGGAAAAGAGAAAGUUGCAAAGGAGGGAAAACUUUUGUAUUGAGAUUAUGAUGAAUAUUUUAAACGUUUUUUUUGUUUGUUUGUUUUGCCUUAUUGACUGUUUGCUGUAGUGCGAUGUGAACUUAUGUGGCUUUUUUUUAAUAGUGCCAACUUGUGUGUACUAUCAAUGUUUGUGUGAGUCAGUCUGCAGUGGAAGAAUGGUCAGGGCUUAAAAAAUGUUUUUUGUGAUACCUGAAAUAUUGAACUUUGCAAAACAGAGAUUUUGUACAGGUCUAAUUCUUUCUGAUUUACUGGAUGAUGCCGUUAUGUUUGCAUCCCCUGGUCUGCUCUGCAAUAUGAAAUGAUGCUAUGAACUUUCAUUCAGAAUAUUUACCUCAGUGUGUCAGUUUUUCAAAUUUGUUGCCCUCAAAAACAAUUUUUGAAAUCAAUCUUUUUUUUUUUUUUUUUUUUUUAAUUCUGCAGACUUUGUAAAUCUGUAGCAGAGACUUCCUUUGACACUCGUGCCUGUAAGUUAGUGUGUGUUGGUAGUGAGACUCUGUCAGUAUUAAUGCAGAAGCUACAGUAGGACUGAUUCACCUUUGUAGAUACAAGUACAGAUUUUAAGAGAAAUUGUGUAUGAAAUAAAAGUUUGUAAUCAACUGUAAAUAAAGAUGCAUUUAUAAUGCUUUACAGU